GACAGCAGGAGUACUGAUUACUGAAGGACUCAUAACUCCAUAAGCACAUGGCCAUUGCCAAGAAGCUCGCAGAGCGCCCAAUUAUUGCCAGCCAUUGCCAAGAAGCUACAGAGCACCAAAUUAUUGCUCCUCCUUUCCUCUUCCUCCCUCCGGCCACUCCCAGAUCUCACAUUCUCCUCCCAGCAGCAGCACACACACACACCAACGAGAUGAAGAUGGGGAAUAGCUAGCAGUGCAGAGGUCGCCAAUGGAGGCCGUGGUGAGCGCCGGGCACGGCGUCCUGGGCCCCUUGCUGGGGAAGCUCGCGGACCUGCUCGCUGGCAAGUACGGCCGCAUCAGGGGCGUCCGCGGCGAGAUCCAGGCCCUCCAAUCCGAGCUGACCAGCAUGCACGCCGCGCUCAAGAGCUACACCAUGCUAGAAGACCCUGAUGUCCAGGUGAAGGCAUGGAUUUCCUUGCUGAGGGAGCUGGCCUAUGAUAUUGAGGAUUGCAUCGACAAGUUCAUCCGCUGCCUCGGCAGAAAAGGGCGCCGCAACGGUGGCUUCAAGGAGGUACUCCGUAACGCCGCUCGUUCUCUCAAGUCGCUGGGUUCUCGCAGCGGAAUCGCUGACCAGAUCGAUGAACUGAAGACUCGCAUCAAGCAUGUGAAAGAGCUCAAGGAUAGUUACAAGCUGAGUGACACUGCUUGUAGCACCACUGACCAUACAAAGGUGGAUCCCCGGUUGUGCGCUCUUUUUGCCGAGGAGGCACACCUUGUUGGCAUUGAAGGCCCAAGAGAUGAUCUUGCCAAGUGGAUGUUGGAAGAAGGCAAGAUGCAUCGCCGGGUUCUGUCUAUCGUUGGGUUUGGUGGAUUAGGAAAGACAACACUUGCAAAGGCAGUAUAUCGCAAGAUUCAAGGAAAGUUUGAUUGUCAGGCUAUCGUAUCAAUCUCGCAAAAGCCAGCUAUAAUGAAAAUUAUCAAGGAUGUGAUUGAUCAAUGCCAAGGUGGAUCCAAAGAAGAUACAUAUGAUUGGGAUGAAAGAAAAUCCAUUGAAAAGCUGAAAGAACUGCUACAACAUAAGAGGUAUCUUGUCAUCAUUGAUGAUAUAUGGUCUGCAUCAGCAUGGGACGCUAUCAAGUCUGCUUUUCCAGAGAAUAAUUGUUCCAGCAGAAUUAUAGUUACAACACGUGAUGUUGAUGUAGCAAAAUCAUGUUGUUCGGGUCGUGAUAAUUGUUUGUACAGAAUGGAAGCCCUAAGUGAUCAUCAUUCCAGAAGACUGUUUUUCAACAGAAUAUUUGGCUCGGGGAACUGUUGCUCUGAUAUGCUUGAAGAAGUUUCAAAUGAAAUACUGAAAAAAUGCGGAGGCCUACCUUUGGCAAUUAUUAAUAUAUCUAGUUUGUUGGCAAACAGACGAGCUGUUAAGGAGGAAUGGCAGAAGGUGAAAAGGUCAAUUGGUUCUGCAUUGGAAAAUAACCGGAGUCUAGAGGGAAUGAGGAGCAUACUAUCCCUUAGCUACAAUAAUCUUCCACUUAAUCUCAAGACAUGUUUGUUGUAUUUAAGUGCAUUCCCUGAGGAUUAUGUGAUUGACAGAGAAAGGCUAGUGCGGCGAUGGAUAGCAGAAGGUUUUAUUUCUGAAGAGCGUGGGCAGAGCCAAUAUGAGGUCGCCGAGAGCUACUUUUAUGAGCUUAUCAACAAAAGCAUGGUCCAACCAGUGGACUUUGAAUAUGAUGGUAAAGUUCGUGGCUGUCGGGUCCAUGACAUGAUGCUGGAAAUUAUUAUUUCAAAAUCGGCCGAAGAUAACUUCAUGACGGUGCUAGGCAGUGGCCAAACAAGUUUUGCAAAUCGCCACCGUUUUAUUCGGCGACUAUCAAUCCAGCACAUUGACCAGGAGUUGGCAUCUGCAUUGGCAAAUGAAGACUUAAGCCAUGUUCGAUCUGUGACAGUAACAUCAUCAGGUUGCAUGAAACACUUGCCAAGUCUUGCUGAAUUUGAAGCUCUGCGUGUGCUGGAUUUUGAAGGUUGUGAGGAUUUGGAGUAUGAUAUGAACGGUAUGGACAAAUUGUUCCAACUAAAGUACCUCAGCCUUGGUCGCACACACAAAUCAAAGCUACCACAAGGGAUUGUGAUGCUAGGUGAUCUAGAGACCCUAGAUCUUAGGGGUACAGGUGUGCAAGACUUGCCAUCUGGAAUUGUUCGGCUCAUUAAACUACAACACCUGCUUGUUCAAUCGGGAACAAAGAUACCAAAUGGAAUUGGAGAUAUGAGGAACCUACGGGUGUUGUCUGGUUUUACUAUUACCCAGAGUCGAGUAGAUGCAGUGGAGGAUCUUGGGAGCCUGACAAGUUUGCAUGAACUCAAUGUAAAUUUGGAUGGUGGAAAACAUGACGAAUACAAGAGGCACGAAGAGAUGUUACUUUCCUCGUCGUGCAAGUUUGGCAGGUGUAAACUCUUGACCUUACGGAUAUAUAGCCAUGGUUCCCUUGAGUUCUUAGGUUCUUGGUCCCCACCACCAUCUUCCCUUCAAUUAUUUCAUAGUUUUUACUAUUUUCCGUACGUUCCGAGAUGGAUCACACCAGCACUCUGCAGCCUUUCUCACAUCAACAUAUUUUUACUUGAACUUACGGACGAGGGUCUGCACACUCUUGGGGAGCUCCCAUCCUUACUUUACCUGGAAGUAUGGCUCAAAACAGGACAAAAAGAUAGGAUUACAGUCCAUGGAUUCCCAACUCUGAAGGUGUUCAACAUCUUCCUCAAUGUUGCGUUACAAGUUACGUUCGUGAAAGGGGCUAUGCCCAAGCUCGAGGACCUUACUGUGCCAUUCCAUGUGUCAGUGGCAAAAAGUUAUGGCUUCUAUUUAGGUAUUGAGCAUCUCACCUGUCUCAAACAAGCAAGGGUAUGGUUGUACAACAACGGUGCUACACCUUCUGAGAGCAAAGCUGCUGCUACUGCGAUCAGGAAUGAAGCAGGUGUCCAUCCCAACCAUCCCACUGUUUAUAUCGAUGGGGUACCAGAUGAAGAGGACAAUGAAGAGACUGGUGGUAAUGACGAGGAAAAGAGCAAGGAGGGGAAUUAAAACAUGGCCCCGCUGUUUUCUCCUUCAAGUUAACUAAUACUUGGUACGUUUCUUUUGUCCAAACCUGCUGAAUGGUUUUCAACUCCAGGACGAUGUGACUUUGAGGCUGGCUUGCUUGGAACGUCCAGAUGAAACGAUGAAAAACUGAAGCUGAAACCGGGCCGGGUCGCCUCAAAAAGGAGUGAUCUGAGUUUUUUUUUUUUGAUAUGUGCAUUUGCAUCCAGGAUUGUGGAUUGUUUCUGUUGAACACCUGUAUUGUGUUUGGGUUGUUUACUUUCUGGUAAUUAAGACCUAAUUAAGCUCCGUUUUUCAUCGAUCUCGGGAUUAUUUGUGUUGGAGUUUAUGCUUCCUGAUGGAAAUACUCUCGCUUGUUACUUGUUGUUUCAAAAACAAAUCCGUUGAACAAUCCUA